AUGCUCGAAUUCUGGCUGCUAGGAGCCAUGUUCGCCGGCAUGAACGGCCUUGGCUUGUGGCAAUCAGUGCCUCUAACUACAAUUUCACCUACAAACUCCUACUUCAUGCGCGGCAUUGGCUCCCUCGAGGUCGUGGGAUCAAUCUACGGUUUACGCCGACUGCACCCUUACGUCUUCACCGAGGAUGAUGCCAUUUCACCCCAAGACCAACAACUCCGACAACUGGUUGCAUUCGAAGAAUCUAAACAUCAAAUGUACAAUCUGCACAAAGAUGCUGAAGAAAAGUCAUUUCAUCUUAACACUCGACCUGUGGCAUCUCCGACCUCCUGCCCACUUGUCACAACCGCCUCAAAUCAAAUGACAGACUAUCUGCUGCAGGAACUUUUGAAAAAGUUCGAUUCAACCCAGAUGUCCGACUUCUUAUUGGAAAGAAUCCUAGAGAAGGCCGAAAGGGAAGCUGCCCUCACCAAACGAACAACUGAACGUUACUUCUCUCUUGCCACCAUUGCAUUUGUCUUCCUCGUCGCGGGGCUCUUCUCUGUGCUGCUAAACACAGCCCAGCUUAAGAAAUAUCUUAUGGAUACGAAGCUGGUCCUGGGUGAAGGGCUUUACAAAUCAAUCAACAGUGACUUUCAGAGACUUCACAGGCUCCUGGAAAGUACCAUCCUUGCAGUAUGCGAACAACUUCAGAUAGACAUAGGAACUUUCCGAACAGAGCUCGCCCAUGUAAAGGAUAUCUUUGGUGCUUUUGCGUUUCAAUGGGAGGAACAAUUCAAAUCCGUUACUCAAGUUAUAGAAAACAACCAGAGGAAAAACAAACAGGUCCUUGACCAAAGACUCGAGAAGAUUGUCCAUGACACGGAAAAUCUUAUCAAAAAGGUUUCUCAGAUCCUGCGAGAGAUGCAAUUCAUGAAUGAUGCGGUGCAAAAUGCCACAGGAGGCUCGAAUGGAUACGCGGUCUCGUCUGACACAGCGGAUUCAAGUGUUCAAGAACCCUGA